CGGGGCGGGCUCUUAAUGAAGGGACGGCAGUGGGAAAGAUGGCGGCGACUCUGGGACCCUCUGGGUGGUGGCAGCGGUGGCGGCGGCGUGUGUCAGCUGGGAAUGGGUCCAGGAUGUUGCUCCUUCUCCUUUUGUUGGGGUCUGGGCAGGGGCCACGGCAAGUCGGGGCGGGUCAAACGUUCGAGUACUUGAAACGGGAGCACUCGCUGUCGAAGCCCUACCAGGGUGUGGGCACAGGCAGUUCCUCACUGUGGAAUCUGAUGGGCAAUGCCAUGGUGAUGACCCAGUAUAUCCGCCUUACCCCAGAUAUGCAAAGUAAACAGGGUGCCCUGUGGAACCGGGUGCCAUGCUUCCUGAGAGACUGGGAGUUGCAGGUGCACUUCAAAAUCCACGGACAAGGGAAGAAGAAUCUGCAUGGGGAUGGCUUGGCAAUCUGGUACACGAAGGAUCGGAUGCAGCCAGGGCCUGUGUUUGGAAACAUGGACAAAUUUGUGGGGCUGGGAGUAUUUGUAGACACGUACCCCAAUGAGGAGAAGCAGCAAGAGGCCCAGAAGAGGCGAUAUUCUCCAGGCGUCCAGCGGGUCUUCCCCUAUAUCUCAGCCAUGGUGAACAAUGGCUCCCUCAGCUAUGAUCAUGAGCGGGAUGGGCGGCCUACAGAGCUGGGGGGCUGUACAGCCAUUGUCCGCAAUCUGCACUAUGACACCUUCCUUGUGAUUCGCUAUGUCAAGAGGCAUUUGACGAUAAUGAUGGACAUUGACGGCAAGCAUGAGUGGAGGGACUGCAUCGAGGUGCCCGGGGUCCGUCUGCCCCGGGGCUACUACUUUGGCACCUCCUCCAUCACUGGGGAUCUCUCGGAUAAUCAUGACGUCAUCUCCCUGAAGUUGUUUGAGCUGACGGUGGAGAGAACCCCAGAAGAGGAGAAGCUGCAUCGAGAUGUGUUCCUGCCCUCGGUGGACAACAUGAAGCUGCCUGAGGUGACUGCCCCGUUGCCACCCCUGAGUGGCCUGGCCCUCUUCCUCAUCGUCUUCUUCUCGCUGGUGUCUUCCGUAUUUGCCAUUGUCAUUGGUAUCAUACUGUACAACAAAUGGCAGGACCAGAGCCGGAAGCGUUUCUACUGAGCCCUCCCGCUACUUCCGCCCCUGUGGCUGUCACCGUGAGCCAGCGCUGGCCCGAGCGUCCAGCCAGCCGGGCCUUCUCCAGUCUCCAGCAGUGGGUCAGAGACUCUGUUCUCUCACUGGAGCUUUGAAUGCUGGGAUACUGCAUUGCCAUGGUGAUCCAUGGGGACAUCUCGCUGGUUCCGGAAGCCCACCUACCCCAGGGCAGUGCUGCUGUGAUGUGCCUUUCCCUGCAGUCCUUCUACUUGGGAGCUAAGAGGGAUGGAGAGAAUAUAUAUGGUUCUGAUGCCAAGAUCACAGAAAAGAAUUUCAUAGCUCAGGCUGCCUUGUUGUUGGACUCUGAAGACCCUUGUGCUUCAUUUUUAAAUCCACAGAGAACACAACAUGGAUAACUCCUCAUACCUUCCAGGCAUCCAUUUGUCGGGUUUUGCUUUUUGUCCAAAGCCUCUGUCCACCUGAGGAAUUUCCCCUGGAAAUCUGGAUGGAAACUUCUUCCCUGUGUUGCCUUCUCCCUCCACUCAUUGCUCUCUCCACAUGCAGCCUGAGCUGGAAGAGACAUCUGGAUGCCUCUCUUUUUGAGCCUGGGGCUGCAGAACAAACUGAUGUUUCACUGACCCUUAGUCAGGUGGCCACAGGGAGAGGGCUUUUCGCUUUGGCUCACUGCUCCAGCCGUUGUUCUUUAGCGUGAAUCUUGGUUCUGUUGGUUUGUGACCUUCCCAGUUGGUUCCUUUAGGCCCUCAGUCAGGUUUGGCCGAAAGUUGGUGUGCAAGUCAAGAGAAGCUUGUAUAACUUCAUGGUUGCCAGGGGAGUAACUGGGAAACUGACCAGCUCCAUGUUUCGACACCAGAAGCAACAGUUGCCAUGUGAUCUGACCAUGUGUGGAGAUGUUUCUGGACUCUGGAGCCUGCUGAACUGCAUGUUUGGUGUUUAUCAUGACUUUUGGAAUCCCACUCUAGUGUUCAAAAUGUGAGGAGGCUUCCUUUUUAUAACCUCGGCUUGGAUACUCCCCAAAGAGGAAACUUGGCUUCUUUUUCUUAAUGGAUAAGAGACAGUUGCUGUUCUCCUGUUGCAAAUCUGGGAGCAAUGGAUCCUCGUCCUCUGUGCCUGGAAGAGAUCAUUGUCAUCGAGCAACAGAGCCCGAGCGUCCUCCUCUGUGGGUCAAUCCUUAUUCCACUGCCUUAUCUGACAAGGGGUCAUGUGCUGCUCACCUGUCUGCCCUGUGAUUAAAUGGGCCAAUAGGCCAGUCUCCCUGGAGGGCCUGGAGCUCUGAGCUCUCCUAGUCAUGUACUUCUGUAGCCUAAGGGAAAUUCUUAAAAUGGCUGAUGGAAACCAAACAUGAGCUUUCAAUUCAGUGUCCUUCCUUCUAGGGGUGGUUUUGGGAGAAGGUCUGGGCCUUCUUACUGAGCCCCAAGCCCGCCAACCGUCGCCUUGCCUUCUUCUCAGUUGGGAAAGCCCUCCGCUCAGCCCGGAAGGAAGGGUCACCUUGGCUGGGUAGAGGUUUCUGUCGUGUUGGGCUUUCUUCUGUCCCUCCUAUGUGCUUCAGUGAGCAUCAUAUGCUGUAGUGCUCUCCUGCAGGUGAGAGUAAAGUGGGCUCCUCCUAAGACCUUCCGCACAAGAGCAGAGCAGCUCCAGGGUACCAGAGCACAAGCCAUGACCUGGAGCUUGGCCUUAGCACCACUUAGAACUGACAAAGCAAAUGGCUGUUUUGUCUUUUUUGAGCGCAGGGGGGAUUGGCUAGACCCCUGUGGGGGGAGGACCUCGGUGGGCUCUUGAGAUGGUCCAGGCAGUGGUGCAGGAGGAAGGGGUCUCAUCGUGGGGGAGGGUAUGUGUGUGUGAUGAUUGAAUUUAUGAGUUUUGUGUGAUUCCAGCUCCCGGGCUCCUUGUGGCUUUCGGAAAGAGGACGGGGAAGACAUGAAGUGCAGUCCCCACCCGGCAUGGGGCCAGCCUUUGAGAAAUGUGUGAUGCAAGGAAACUAUCUAACUGAGCGUGCCCCCCCUUUCCCUUGGUUUCUCUGACUUCAGACCCUCUUAGAGA